AUGGCGGAGGAAACGAGUAGUGACUGUGAAGAAUAUUUAGCUGAUCAAAAGUAUGCAAAUUUAGUUUUAGAUAAUGAAAUCCGAGUGGUGUUGGUUGGAAAAACCGGAGUUGGAAAAAGUGCUACAGCCAAUUUAUUAUGCAAUGAGGAAAACUUUUUUUUAUCAAGAUCUGGAAGUUCAGCUGUUACGGAAACAUGCAAACAUAAGAAAGUACAGUUAGACGACAAAAAUUUAUUGGUUGUUGACACUCCUGGUUUGUUUGAUAGUCAGCGUGUCGAAGAGGCAACAAAACUUGAAAUUAAAAAAUGUAUUGACAUGUGUGCACCAUCUAUUCAUGCUAUUUUAUAUGUCGUAUCAUUAUCACUUCGAUUGACACCCGAAGAUAUCGAAACUUUUAAUAGCUUUGUUACUUUUUUCGGUGAAGAUAUGUAUAAAUAUACUAUCGUCAUAUUCACAAACCCAGAUCAACUUUCCCAAGAAGGACAAACAUUAGAAAAUUAUAUAGAGAAAUCGCCUAUGUUGGAUGCAUUUGUAAAAAAAUGUUCUAACCGUAAAUUAGCCAUUGAUAACACUGCAUCUAAAUUGUUCGCUGAUCAGCAGAGACGUACAAUACUUACAAAAAUCGAAUUUAUGAUGCACAAAAAUGAUGGUAAAGGCUAUACAAAUAAAGACUUCACAGAGGCAGGAAAAAAAUUAAUACAAAAAACGUUAAAGAGAUAUGAAAACGAAUAUAAGAAAAAACUAGACAAAGCAAAAGAGGACUACAAAAUACAAAUCCGGAAAGAAUUAGUUAAAGAAUAUGAAGAUGAAACGAAACGUCUUAAAGAACAAAAUAAAAAACUUGAAAAGCAAGUGAAAGAUUUAAGAAAAAAAUUUAAAGAACAGUCACUUGACGAUGCUAGAGAGGAGAUAUCGACAACAACAGGGAGCAAAAUUUGUGUAGUCUCGUAACGUGUUGGUAAUUCAGUACAGAAGAAGACAGACUGAGGCCAUUUUGUUAUCCACUUUUCAAAGCCUUUUGCAAAUCCUCAGGUUCAUGAUCGUAUUUUGGCAUAUGUUUAGAUUUGUAAAAGAGGGACGAAAGACACCAAUCGCUUCUUUGUUUGUUGUUUCUCUAAUUAAAUUCAAAUAUAAAUGAUGUUCUGUAACUCAAUAAUCAAUACUUUAAUGAGUAUAUAACAUAGCGAACGUGAGAUUAAGGAUUUUAUCGAAAAUAGAAAGUGUGUUUCAUAUUAACACAGCCGACUUCAAGCUAUCAAAAUAAAGCGUCUGUAAAACUUUUAUAAUAAAGUAUAAUUAGUAGA